AAAUAAUCGUUAUCUUCCAACGAAGUAUCGCUAUCAGAAGUACAAAUAACUAAAUCAACCGAUGUGGAUUCUUUUUCCUCAUCGGUGGUUGUAUUGUUCACGGAAAUACAGUCGCUUAAUUUUUCGUGCAAUAAAAUUCCAUAUUCACCAUCGUUGGACAUUUUAAAUUUGAAUAGAUUUUGUGUUUGACAUUUGAAUUUGGCGCCACUUUGAGACAUGCGCAUUUGAUCGCACGAACUUCACUACGAUUCUUUUCGCGCAAGCUCUGUCUUCCUUUUUAAGUAAUUUGACAAGAUGAAGAUUGGUCUUUGCGCCUACAGUGGGUACAAAAUUUACCCAGGCCAUGGCAAAACCUUGGUCAAAGUUGAUGGAAAGAACUUCACAUUCCUGAACUCGAAAUGUGAGCGUGCUCAUUUGAUGAAGAGGAACCCACGUAAAGUGACGUGGACGGUGUUGUACCGCAGGAAACACAAGAAGGGCCAGGAAGAAGAGGCCACCAAAAAACGCACACGUAGAACCCAAAAGUUCCAACGUGCUAUCGUAGGUGCCAGUUUGACCGACAUAAUGGCCAAACGUAACCAAAGGCCCGAAGUCAGGAAAGCACAGAGAGAACAAGCCAUCCGUGCUGCUAAAGAACAGAAGAAGACCACCAAGACCGCCAAGAAAGCCGCAGCCCCCGCUAAAGCUAAGGCAGCCCCAAAACAGAAGGUUACGAAAAAUGUAACCAAAGCUGCACCUAGAGUAGGAGGAAAACGUUAAAAUUUUUUGUGUAAUACCAUUUUUUAAAUAAAUUAUUACAUAAGUA